AUGGGAGCCGCGACCCUGCAGCCCCCUAAAUCGGGACGCUCUCGCUUCUCGAAAGCCCUCCCGGCUCCUCCCUCCUUGCCAACCUUUGACUUUGAGCCGCAUCUCGAUCUCACACCACUUGCCCCGGAAAAGGCGCCGUCUCGUAUGCAGCCCGAUGCUCCGCUGCCGCCGAUUCCACCGCCUAAAGGAGCUGCGGCGGACCGAGACAUAGAGAGCGCCAUGGCCCCGAUACCGAAGUCGCUGGACUCUCCGCUGCCUCCAGGGCCGCCGCCCAUGAGCAUCCCGCGACGGCCCGUUGCAUCUCCUGUGAUCCCAGGACCGGGCCUGGCCCCGGCCACCGCCUCGGUAUUGGCGUCCCCAGAACCGUUGCCGUCGCCUGUUGGUUCCUUCUCGAGUCUCCUGUCGGCCUACACCGCCGAGUCGCCGCGGUGGUCAUCAGGGAACCUGGCCAAAGGCGUUGUUAACUCAGGGGGUGCCUAUUCUGUCGUGUCACCAAACCUGGACGCUCAAAAGAGCAGCGCACAAUUCGGGGUACGAGCGCAUGACCUGCCACCGGUAUCGUCUGAACAACAUGGGCAGAAUCACCAAACUGGUGGUCAGGUGCCCAAAACACGCCACGAAGACGCCUCACGACCUCAAACGCCCCCUAACCUGCAGACACAAACUGCACAACCGCCCACUUCGACACGGCAACUCUGGAGACGACGAUCCCGGUCGCUCACAGGCGACAGAAUCCUGGCUGUUCCAGAUCUGAAAUUGACAUCCAGCCACGGUUCCACUGCUGCGUCAGCCCAGGACACAUCGCAGAGCAGCCCGAACAUCUCGAUGUCGCAUUCAUUCCCAGCGCCGGCCCCGACCAAUCCCCGAGACCCUGAGCCGGCAGCCAAACCACGAGCCCCAACACGAACUGCCAACGUUGGGCUUCCCGGGCGAAAUAUCCGCCCUGUGGUACCUGGCGAGCAGGUCGCUGCGCUGGACGAGAAGUUGGCGAAUGCGAAGAAGAGGCGAGGGAACGCAGAGGAGCCGAAAACGACGAACCAGGCAGCGCAGGUACCGCCCGCAGCCUCUGCUCUCAUUUCCACCCAUCGACUUCCAACGCCCGAGUAUGGAACCAACGAUGUCAGGAGCCCGGUGCCGGAAGCUAUUCUACCCGAUGAGCCGCAGCCGAUAACUCGCAGACCUGUUGGAGGCUCGCUGGCUCAAAUACGACCUGCGAGGAGUAGUCCGACUCUGGCGCCGGGCCCGAUCAACACCGGUCUGAGCGUACAGACGCCGGCCGGGCUCCCGUCAUCCCCAAGACCCGACGUAAGCCAACGCCCAAGCGAGACGGUGUUCCCGGCGCCUGAGCCGAAUCAAAGGGCAAACCAGCCGCAAUACCGCGCAUAUUCCCCGACACCUGACCGAGAUCGAACCCCAAUUCAGAAACAGUACAUACCGUACUCUCCACCGCCGGACCGGAACGCAGGGCCCAAUUUGACCCAACCUCCAGCUCAACUCCCUUCCAGGGACGAAGAAAAUUACCAACAGCCCCUCCCUGCGGCUCCUCAUCAGGAACACUCAUCUCCCGCAGCCCCUCAGCCCAACCAGCAACAAAACCUCUGGCCCCAACCGCCGACCCGCGAACCGCGCCCGAGAACAGUCUCGGAAACAGGCUCCAUCGAAACCGUAAAACCACCACCACCACCAACCGCUGCCCUCCCCCGCCAACCUCCUCACCCCAACCCGUCCAUUAUCGAACACCUCUCGCUGCGCCAACCAGACCCUAACCAGCCGGACUUGACGACCAACCCGGGCGCUCUUCGCUUCCCCCGCGGGUGGUACAAGUCCACCACCAACCCCUCGGCGCAUCCGCAGCCGCAGCAGGAUCCCGACUCGAUCCCCGACGCGCGGCCCCUGACGAGCCGCCAGUAUUUGUGCCUGACGGCGCACCGGUACAUGACGGCCAACCGGCAGCGGACGAACCCCGUCGCGUGCCGGACGUGCGGGCACAAGGAUCGGUUCGCCGAGUGUUACAUAUGCAGCGCGUGCUAUCUGAAUGUGUGCGCGGGGUGUGUGGGCUUGUUAAGGAGAUUUAAGGGGGAUCUUGGGGCGGUGGUGAGGGAGGUGGAGGGGUUCAGGAAGAGGAAGCCUGAGGGUCUGGAGAUGCUGGGCGAGGAGGGGGGCGUUGUUGCUGAGCUGCAGGGGUGAGCUUUGAAGGGCGUCAAGGGCCUGAAGAGUCUCCACAAUACAGAUUCUGGAUUUUCCUUGAAUGUUUACUUGGUUGUUUCCUUUGGAACGGAUGCAUUUUCGAUUUUUUGAGUACGAUUUUUAGGUUUGGCUAUGGAGCAGUAGAUCUGCCUAUAUUUAGAGCGGCGGUAUUUGUUUAGACCCAGCGUCGAUGCUGCGGCAGAUGGAGAUACCAGGGAAGGGCGGAAUACCUAUACAGGAGUUCCUGGAAAAUAACGACUUUGCGAACUCAAGAAGCGGUACCGUAAUCUGGCUUGGGUCGGUCUGGCGAAGUUGGUAGAGUCAUAGACAUCGAGAAAUGCACCCCUGUUAGAAGCGGCACCAAUGGUAUAGGUACU